AUGGCAAGAUUAUUAAGAAAUAUUUAUCUAUUCAGUUGUCAGCAAAUCAGACUCUUACCAAGAUUCAGUCAAUUUACACCAGAAAAACUCGCGCAAGAAAAUGAUGUUUCCGACCACCCACCGCCUCCUAAGCCUGAAAAACAUUCAAAGUUCCAAGAAACCGAAUGUAAACGUAAACCCACAUUCCAGGAGCCCAGAAGUUUAGUAAUCAAACCCCCAAAAAUAAAUCCACCAACUCAAAAACUGAAACAUGUUUCCAAAGAUCCAGAACCCCUUUUGGACCAAGAAGGUAAUUUAAUCUACACAAAAAUGCAGGAUGAAGACUCGAGAAUCCUAGAAAUAAUGUCCAAAUUAAAAAACAACAAGAAGAACAAUUUAAUGCUUCUAGAAGGCAAAAGGCUAAUUAAAGAAGCUCUACAAACUGGCUGUAAAAUGGACUAUAUUUUAUUCAGCCGCCUAAAAGAGGUCGAAUAUCUAAAGCCUUAUUUGCCUCGCAAAGGCCACCUAUACAAAAUGCCUUAUAGAGAAAUGCAAGUUUGGUCAGACUUGACCACAAAUCCAGGAAUUAUGGGCAUAUUUCAAAUUCCUUCAGCGGAUUUAUUUGAGCCCAAAGAAGCCUUACCAUUGACUAUUAUUUGUGACAAUGUGAGGGAGCCCAACAAUCUUGGAGCUAUUCUAAGGACAUCCAGUGGUGUAGGCUGUCAUAAAGUUAUUUUAACAAAAGGCUGCACUAAUGUGUGGGAUUCAAAAGUAUUACGCACCGCCUGUGGGGCCCAUUUCAGAGUGAAAAUAUCCAAGGAAACUAAUUGGGAUGAAAUUUCAAAUACUUUACCAGAUAAUUCCAAUGUGUUUAUUGCAGACAAUAAUAUUUUAAGCUCCAAAAACGACGAAAGUCUUCAAUCCAUGCAAGAUUUAUUAGCCAGUAUUCCUAUUUUGCCAUACUUUAGCACAGAUUUUAAAAAACCCAAUCAUUUAGUCCUUAUAAUUGGGGGUGAAACUGAAGGGAUUAGUAUGGAAUCUUAUAAGCUCGCUAGUAAAUUUAAUGGGGCAAGGUUGAAUGUACCUUUGAGCAAUGGAGUUGAGAGCUUGAAUGCUGGAACAGCUUUAGGGAUCAUUGUUUUUGAAAUUAAAAGACAGCUAAUGCAGAAAACGAAUUGA